GCGAACUUUCGCCGCGCGGCAAGCAUUACCGCGUCCUGUGUGCAGGAGCCAUUAGAAGUUAUUUGAGGAAAUGGCUCUGGCAAUAAAGUUUUGUAAGCUGUCAAGCCUAUCGUUCUUAAAAAAUAAAGGGUACUUGUACAAUACAGUAAGAUGUAUAUCUGAUGAAAAACCGUUACCAUGGAAUUACCUCUGGGAGCCAGGCAAAUAUUCGAAAGAAAAUCAUGAUAAAAUUGCCGAAAAGUAUCACAUGCAUCCAAAAGAUUAUAAACCUUGUCCUGAAGAGUGGGGAAUGGGUGAUUAUCCAGAUUUGCCUAUGAUAGGACCAGGUGCUAAAGAUCCAUACUAUCCUUAUGACUUUCCAGUUUAUAGGAAGAAUUACCAUGAAAUAGUACAUUAUCAAUUUGAUAUGAUGACUGAGGACCGUCAUGAUUUUGGCGUGAAAGAGAGAAUUAAUCCAGCUAUUGGAGCCCUAAUAUUUCUUGCUAUUAUAGGUGGUUUUAUAGGACUAUACAUCUUAACAGAUCCUUAUUAUGCCUUUGAACCAUUAAUGGAAAAACAAUAUCCAUAUAGAGGUAAAAUAUAUUAUACAUUUGAACCACAAGAGAAAUAGAUACAGCAAACUUGUCAAAAAUACACUUCAGUAUAUGAAGUUAUUGUAACAUAUGAAUACAUAGUAUCUGUAAUAAUAACAUAUGUCUAUUUAUUAUAAUACUCAUGCAAUA